CGCCGAGUGGCACUAGCUUAUGAUGGUAGUGAAGAUGCCCACAAACUGCUGGACUGGACCAUCAAGAACAUCAUUGUCCCCGAAAAAGAUCAUAUCAUCGUUCUCUCUGCCGUACCUCAUGGCGAAAAAACUAUUCCUGAAAACAACCACCACGGCGAUGACAAGAAACCUCUGCCAAUGCUGUCCACAACUCCCACAAAAUUCAACGAAGAUGUCAAGGAGGUAGAAAGCCAUCCCGGUUGUAUGACAGCCAGAGAACGCUUGGAAGACAUGUCAGCACGUCUGCGUACACUCCACAUAUCCUGUGAAGAGCACAUCUUGUGGGGUGAGGCAAAGGUUUUAAUCCCUCGAUACACCCAGCAGAACAAGGUUGAUUUACUUAUCGUGGGUUCGCGUGGUCUUGGUGCUGUCAAGAGUGUAUUUUUGGGUUCUGUUUCAGAUCGGUGUAUUCACGAAUGUCCUUGUCCAGUACUAGUGGUUCGG